CAGUAGUCAAGAUGGCAGGUUGUAAGAUGAUGUUUGUUUGCUGUUUGUUGUUGACGUUGUUAGCCAUGAGUCAUGGAAGAGAGAACCCGAAGGUUCUGACUCUGUCUGAUGAUGAUGUGAGUCACGUUUGCAACCCUUCCAGAUUUAUGAAACUUGGAUUGGAGAUGAGCAAGUUUGUGUACUGUGACUCGUCUCUGCCAUACGAAGUGAGGGCAAAGGACUUGGUGGACCGAAUGACACUGGCAGAGAAGGUGCAACAAAUGGGAAACAAUGCUCAAGGAGUGGCGAGGAUUGGACUUCCUAAGUACGAGUGGUGGUCAGAAGCACUCCAUGGAGUCUCAAAUGUUGGUCCUGGAACUUACUUCGAUGAUGUUGUUCCCGGUGCUACCAGUUUUCCCACUGUUAUUCUCACUGCUGCAUCUUUCAAUAAGUCACUCUGGAGAAACAUAGGCGAGUUCGUGUCGACUGAAGCAAGGGCAAUGUACAAUCUAGGAAGAGCUGGAUUGACAUAUUGGAGUCCGAACAUAAAUGUAGUGAGAGAUCCAAGAUGGGGAAGAAUUCUUGAGACGCCCGGUGAAGAUCCAUAUGUAGUUGGUUUGUAUGCUACCAAUUACGUGAGGGGGCUUCAGGAUGUUAAGGGGACAGAGAAUACUACAGAUUUGAGCUCUAGACCUCUUAAGGUUGCUUCUUGCUGUAAGCACUAUACCGCCUAUGAUCUUGAUGCAUGGCGUGGAGUUGAUCGAUACCAUUUCAAUGCUAAGGUGACAGAACAAGAUAUGACAGAAACUUUUCUUCGUCCUUUCGAAAUGUGUGUUAAGGAUGGUGAUGUUUCUAGUGUUAUGUGCUCUUACAAUAGUGUCAAUGGUAUUCCAACCUGUGCGGAUCCUAAUCUUUUGAAGGGCAUCAUUAGAGGCAAAUGGAACCUUCAUGGAUAUAUUGUUUCUGACUGUGAUUCUAUCGAGGUGAUGGUGGAUGGUCACAAAUGGUUAGGGGACAAUAAAGAGCAAGCUUCUUCACAAGCCCUUACAGCAGGUUUGGAUCUGGAUUGUGGAAGUUACUACGGUGACAGCCUUCAAGGCGCAGUUCUUGAUGGAUUAAUCAAAGAAAAAGAUAUUGAUAGAUCACUUAAGUAUCUUUAUAUUGUGUUGAUGAGGCUUGGUUUCUUCGAUGGAAACCCUACUUUUCGAUCCCUUGGUAAGGAUGAUGUAUGCUCAGUUGAACAUGUAGAGUUGGCUCUCGAAGCAGCAAGAGAAGGGAUUGUACUUUUGAAGAAUGAUGGGGAUACUUUACCUCUCAAUAUUAACAAAGUUAAUAGCAUUGCAAUAGUUGGACCUCAUGGCAACGCCACCUCUGCCAUGAUUGGAAACUAUGCCGGUGUUCCUUGUAAGAUAGUUUCUCCGUUGGAUGCAUUUACAGCACUCAACAACAAAAAGGUGACGUUCGAAAUGGGAUGUUCCAAUGUUCUAUGUGCUGAUAAUAAUAAUGGUGGCUUAAUUUUUACUGCUAUGCAAUCUACCAAGGAUGCAGAUGUUACAUUAUUGUUUGUGGGUUUGGAUCUGUCAGUGGAGGCAGAGUCUUUGGAUAGAACUGAUCUCCUACUUCCAGGGGACCAAACUGACCUCAUCAACCAAGUUGCUGCAACUGCCAAGGGUCCAGUUAUUCUUGUAAUCAUGUCUGCUGGAGGGGUUGAUAUUACCUUUGCUAAGAACAAUCCAAACAUCAAAUCCAUUUUAUGGGUUGGGUAUCCCGGUGAACAAGGAGGCCAGGCCAUUGUAGAUGUUGUGUUUGGCAAUUACAAUCCAGGUGGUAGAUUACCUGUGACAUGGUAUGAAGCAGAUUAUGUUAACCAGCUACCUAUGACAUCCAUGCAAUUGAGGCCGGUUGAGAGUUUAAACUACCCGGGAAGGACUUACAGGUUCUUUAAUGGGUCAACUGUUUACCCAUUUGGUUAUGGAUUGAGCUACACCAAGUUUGCAUACAAACUUGUAUCAUCUACUCAAAAAUUGGACAUCAAAUUGGCAAAUCAUCAGCAUUGCCGUGUGGUAAACUAUUUGGAUCCCAAAUUUAAACAAGACUGUCCGGCUGCAGGAGUGGAUCAACUGGACUGUGAUGCUAAUACGGUGACAGUUGAAGUAGCUGUGCAAAAUGUGGGUCCCAAGGAUGGCAAUGAGGUUGUGUUGGUAUAUGCAAAGGCUCCACAAGGUAUUGCUGGAACUUACAUUAAGCAACUGAUUGCAUUUGAGAGAGUAUUUGUAGCCGCUGGUGGAACUCAAAAUGUCAAAUUUGAACUUGAUCCUUGCAAGUGCUUUAACAUCGUUCAAGAUACUGCUUAUAACGUGUUACCAUCUGGUAUCCAUGGAAUUGAGAUUGGAAAUAAUGCUGCUAUCACAACAACUCUUCAAGUCAACCUCCAUCAUUAGGAAGGAUUAGGAUAUGAAUUAUUAAUAAGGAUUUUAUUUAUUUUUUUAUUAGCCCAUAAAAUGGGCGUUUUACGUUUACAUUUUUUUAUUUUUUAUUUUCAAUUAAAAGUAAGUAAUUUAGGAUGAAAGGAUUGUAGACCCUAAGGGUCACUGUGUGUUUUCUUUUUUUCUUUUUUUAAGUAAAAAAUAAAAUGUCCGAUAACUAGAUAACCAAAUAAACUGUCCA